CGGGUUAAAACCAGUUAUUGUCUACGACCUUGCGGCGUUAGCAAACCGGUUCUCGUGAGCUCACCGAAGUUAAAUAACGACCGGCCCAGCUAGUAACUGGAUGGGUGACCACCACGAAUCCUGGGUGUUGUAGACACCUUUCAAAAGCAGUACUUGUCAUAUUACAAACAAUGUUAUCUUAUUUAUCUUAUACUGAAAGCAAACGCAAGUUUCCAAUCCGUAUUAAUAGCGUACCUAUUUAAAGAUUACUCGAGCCAUGUCGUCUUCAACUGGAGCAACAACAGAACGAUUUUUACAAGGUAGAAGUGCUUUGAUAACUGGAUCAACUUCCGGUAUUGGUUUAGGCAUAGCAAAGUCUCUUGCUGCGAGAGGAUGCGAUAUUUUAUUAAAUGGGUUCGCCGAUGAAACAGUAGUCAAUCGUCUAAAGAAUGAUAUAUCUUCAAAUCAUGGAGUAAAUGUACACUUUUUCUCUACUGAUCUUGCAAAACCUGAGGAAUUAAAUGAGAUGUGUAACAGUAUCAAGUCAAUGUACCCUGUCGUUGACAUCAUUGUUAAUAAUGCAGGAUUUCAACACGUAUCUCCAAUCGACGAAUUUCCUGAUGAGAAAUGGCAUGAUUUACUAGAAGUUCUUCUUGGCGCUCCUUUUCGCUUAAUUAAAGCUUUUCUACCGGGAAUGAAGACCCAAAAUUACGGCCGUGUCAUUAAUAUAUCUUCAGCUCAUGGCAUCAUAGCAUCGCCAAAUAAGAGCGCUUAUGUUGCAGCCAAACACGGUUUGGUUGGAUUAACGAAGGUUGUUGCCCUAGAAACUGCAGAAAUGAAUAUAACUUGUAACUCAAUUUGCCCUGGUUACGUUGAAACUCCAAUUUUUGAAUUUCAAGUGAAGUCUUUGGCUGAGAAGGAAAGCCUUGAGUACACUGAAGCUAAAAAGAAAUUCUUGUCUAAUUUUCAUCCCUCAAAAGAAGCUGUUAGAGUUACAGAUGUCGCUGAAAUGACAACAUUCUUGUGUACCGACGCCUGCCGAAAUAUGACAGGAUCCCAAAUAACCAUGGACGGAGCCUGGACUGCUAAAUAA